CGUCCCGGCAGGGGCGGUUCAAGCGUCUUCCGGGGGGCCGAGGAACUACGCUUCGUCCUGGGCCCUGUCUCUUUUCAAGUUCGCUGGGCGAGGUUCAGAGAGGCCGCCGUCUCUUGAGGAACGUUUCUCUGCAUCUGGAAACCGGUCGGGGCUCCGCUUCUCCAGCCCUUGCCCUCUGACCCGGCUCGCACGGCGGGGUGAGAGGUCGGGUGGCCAUCUUGUGGCGGCGGCGCGGGCGGCUGUUACUGCGGAGACCCCUCCCUUCCCCCUCAGGGCCUUGCUGGCCGUGGUGUCAGUUGGUCCAGAGGCCGGCCGUCUGUCAGCCGAGGUCUCCGGGCCGCGUGCGGUCGCCCUUCCCGCCGCACUGGGGGCGCGGCCCAGGCCGCUCUCUGCCGCCGCCACCAUGUCCUCCUUCUCCGAGUCGGCCCUGGAGAAGAAGCUGUCGGAGCUGAGCAACUCUCAGCAGAGCGUGCAGACCUUGUCGCUGUGGCUCAUCCACCACCGCAAGCACGCGGGGCCCAUCGUCUCCGUGUGGCACCGCGAGCUCCGCAAAGCCAAAUCAAAUAGAAAACUUACUUUUCUGUAUUUAGCAAAUGAUGUCAUACAGAACAGUAAAAGAAAAGGACCUGAAUUCACUAGAGAAUUUGAAUCUGUCCUUGUGGAUGCUUUUUCUCAUGUUGCCAGAGAGGCAGAUGAAGGCUGUAAAAAACCUUUAGAAAGAUUGCUGAACAUCUGGCAAGAAAGAAGUGUGUAUGGCGGCGAGUUCAUACAGCAGCUGAAGCUGUCUAUGGAGGACUCCAAGAGCCCUCCCCCGAAAGCAACAGAAGAGAAGAAAUCUCUGAAGCGGACUUUUCAGCAGAUACAGGAGGAGGAGGAUGAUGACUACCCAGGAAGCUACUCUCCCCAGGAUCCUUCCGCUGGACCCCUGCUGACAGAGGAGCUCAUCAAAGCUUUGCAAGAUCUAGAAAAUGCCGCGUCAGGGGAUGCUACUGUCCGACAGAAGAUUGCAUCUCUGCCCCAGGAAGUGCAAGAUGUUUCUUUAUUGGAAAAAAUAACAGACAAAGAAGCAGCUGAACGUCUCUCAAAAACCGUAGAUGAAGCAUGUCUGUUACUAGCCGAAUAUAACGGUCGUCUGGCAGCAGAACUGGAGGACCGGCGCCAGCUGGCUCGGAUGCUGGUGGAGUACACCCAGAAUCAGAAGGAUGUUUUGUCAGAAAAGGAGAAGAAGCUAGAAGAAUAUAAGCAGAAGCUUGCGCGCGUCACUCAGGUCCGUAAGGAGCUGAAGUCCCACAUUCAGAGCUUGCCAGACCUCUCUCUGCUGCCCAAUGUCACAGGGGGCUUGGCUCCCUUGCCCUCUGCUGGUGACCUGUUUUCAACUGACUAGACAGGUGUUGUGCCUCAGAUUCCCAACUCUACCAGCAGACAGAAGAGUGCACGUCGUGGUUGGAAAGAACCCGCUGGCCCCUGCUUCUGUCCUUCCUCCACCUGCCCUCCUGCCUCAAGAAAGAGCUAAGUGACUCUGACCUUCCUCUGCAGCCACUCGUCUUGAGCAAGUUUGGACCGAGGCGAGUGGACACAGUUGAGAUUCAAGUUUGAGAAAACACAGACUCUUCCUCCUGCUGCAUGUUUUUAGGCCCCUGCUGGUUUUCCUUUUGUAGCACACGCACGCACUCUACACCCAAGAAGUUACGAAAAUCAUGUGUAUUUCAGGAAGCUUUCAAAAGAAUCUUGUCCCUCACGACAGCAUUUUAUCAUGAAAGCGGAUUUCCAUUCUGAGCCAGGCUUGUUCACAUUGGUGCAGCUUUUCCCCUGAGCAACUCAUCUAGAGACAUUGGCUUUCCUGGCUAGCACCUGCCCCUAAAAGUUGGAGACACAACUGUUAGGCAGCAUUGCCAUAAAGAAGUUGUUAAAUCUCUAUCCCUCCUUCACCAUUACUUCUAUUGAUGCAUAGUCAAAGGUUAGGUGCAUAUUGCUUUUUAAGCAGACUCAAGAAUCUAGCAGUAAGAUUCAAAGCUGAUUUGGGACAGAAAGUCACAAUUCGGAGACAGUAACAGGGUUCAGAAAUGUAAGUUUAAAUUAUUGGCUUGGUUCCCAAAAACACCAUUCCCAGGCUGCACUUCUCAACGGGGAUAGAAUGUGUUCCUGCAGGAUCUUUUGACCCCCAUUGGUGGUGAAGGUAGCUGUGAGGAACGGCAUGGUAUUCCCUCUGGAGCCCAAGAGAAAGGCCGACUGUGGUACCUGGAUGCUUUGUUUUGGGAGUAGCCCCAUGCCAGACUUGUCUUCUGUUGCCUGGGUGGUGUUAUUUGAUGCCUAAACUUGAGCACCUCUCUGCACCUGCAGCUAGGACACCGAGUGUUUGUCAGUUCCUGCCACUGCAGGACUCCCUGCUUGGUUUUGAGGAGGAGUCCAGGUCCUUGCAUCAGAUAUUACAGGAUAGCUCCUGGGCAGGGGCACUGGAGGUUAGGGUUGGUUUGGGAUUUUGAUUCCAUUAUCAUGCCAGCUGACAUUAUGACUAUGAUAUAGUUAGGAUUUUCAUCUCACUUACAGUAAUGGCUAGGCCUGUUAAAUGUUGAUCACUUUAAUUUGGCAGGCUUGCUUUUGACCUCGGGAAGGGCAGAAAACAGUUUGUCCCAGUGGUGUCAUAGGAAUUAUAGGCCAGAGGCCAAAAUGCAGAGGCUCUUAAAAGGAGUUCCCCAGAGACUUUUGAGUUUUCAGAAUCACCAAAAAUGACAUGAUUUUACAUGUUAAAGCAGAAAUUUUCUGGAGUAUAGCAGGCUGCCCUGCACCCAGCUGUCCUGCCUUCCUUAGGGUGAAACAAAGGGAGCUCGCUGCAGGGGGUCACCGUCUCACUGGUGAAGCUGAUUUUCCGGUUUAAACAGACUGCGUGUUGCUUAUUGACACUGUUUAUGUCUAUGUCACUAUUAAAUUAGUGAGUCCAGGCUAAUGAAGUGUCUCUGCCAGGAGCUACAGGACAGUUCGUGAGUUUACCAAAACUUCAAGGUAAAGUUUAAUCUUUGCCAUGUCUGCUCCCUGCGCUGCUCUGUGUACUGUCCUGCAUCUCAGAGCCUCUCUGUAGACACACUGUGCUUUGCUGAGUCGCAAACCAGCCAAAAGGCUAUGGAGGAAGUGAUCUAGCUCGGGUCAGCUAGAUGGCAGUGCUGUGAGAACGUAAUGGAUUUAACUCGCUGCUACAUUUGAUCCAACUGUCUGACCAGCAAUUGGUGCAUAAUUAUUACAGAAAAAGCAAGAAAUGAAAACUGUAGCAAUUAUGUAAAUGAAUGUUGGCCUCUUAACACUUGUUACCAAUACACUUCCUGUGAGGAAGUUAGUUUUGUUUUGUUUUAAUGAAAUGCUUUUGUUUUUUAACUCUCAGUUCUCCUGGCAGGGCUUUGCUUCAUCAUUUAAUUUAAAUGAACCUUUCUUCUUGUCUGUCAAGGUGAUCUGGUGGGAUGGGGUGGGCUGCUUUGGUUUUGUGGGGUUUUGUUUUUGUUUUUGCUUUCCAUCAUAGGGCAUCGGUAGGCCUCAAAGGACCUCUUUCCUUUGGGUCAUAUUCCUCAGAAAGUCUUGGAUCUUCUUUUUUUUGUUUUGUUUUUCUUAAAGAAUAUUUUUAAAACUUAAAUUUGUAUAUUAAUUUAGGACUUUAUUUAGAAGUAUAGGCUGUCAUUGGUGGCAGCGGUAUAUUCUGAAAUGUCUCAUAGAUAUAUAUUUUUGAAUAAAGAUGGUGUUGUUGAA